UUUGGAAGCAAUUUUAUGAAAAAUAAUCCAUCGGAAGGAAAAACAGAUAAAAGGAAAAUAUUUAUUGUGGAAGGUCUGGAACAAGACGAAAAAUUACACAAACAUUUUGCAGAAAGAAAUCCAGACUGGGAUGUGUCUUUUAUUUUAGGCUCUCUAACCAAAUUAAAGGAGAAAAUUGCUUCCAUAGCUCCAAAUGAAUUCAGUUAUUUUGAUAUUAUUGUUUUAUGCGAUGAAGAGGGUAACCAUAUUACUAAUGAAAGUCUGAAAACAAUUUUGGCUCGUAUUGAAAAAGAACUCUUACCAAAGUUUCCACCAAGCAUCAUCACUUUUUUGAUUAUUGUUGAUGGGAAUGAUGAUAACGGUUAUGUUUUUCAUUCCGACACAAAACCUGUGAGUUUUGGUGAUGCUCAGAUUCCCAAACCCGUCUUCAGAAUAGUGAAAAAGAAUAUUUUUGAAGACUACAUAGAAGCUUUCUUCAGACAUGAUGAAAUGUUCAAUAUCUUCAUUGCUAAAAAAUUCGAUUUGGAAAACAAUUUUAUGAAAAAUAAUCCAUCGGAAGGAAAAACAGAUAAAAGGAAAAUAUUUAUUGUGGAAGGUUUGGAACAAGACGAAAAAUUACACAAACAUUUUGCAGAAAGAAAUCCAGACUGGGAUGUGUCUUUUAUUUUAGGCUCUCUAACCAAAUUAAAGGAGAAAAUUGCUUCCAUAGCUCCAAAUGAAUUCAGUUAUUUUGAUAUUAUUGUUUUAUGCGAUGAAGAGGGUAACCAUAUUACUAAUGAAAGUCUGAAAACAAUUUUGGCUCGUCUUGAAAAAGAACUCUUACCAAAGUUUCCACCAAGCAUCAUCACUUUUUUGAUUAUUGUUGAUGGGAAUGAUGAUAGUGGUUAUGUUUUUCAUUCCGACACAAAACCUGUGAGUUUUGGUGAUGUUCAGAUUCCCAAACCCGUCUUCAGAAUAGUGAAAAAGAAUAUUUUUGAUGACUACAUAGAAGCUUUCUUCAGACAUGAUGAAAUGUUCAAUAUCUUCAUUGCUAAAAAAUUCGAUUUGGAAAGCAAUUUUAUGAAAAAUAAUCCAUCGGAAGGAAAAACAGAUAAAAGGAAAAUAUUUAUUGUGGAAGGUCUGGAACAAGACGAAAAAUUACACAAACAUUUUGCAGAAAGAAAUCCAGACUGGGAUGUGUCUUUUAUUUUAGGCUCUCUAACCAAAUUAAAGGAGAAAAUUGCUUCCAUAGCUCCAAAUGAAUUCAGUUAUUUUGAUAUUAUUGUUUUAUGCGAUGAAGAGGGUAACCAUAUUACUAAUGAAAGUCUGAAAACAAUUUUGGCUCGUAUUGAAAAAGAACUCUUACCAAAGUUUCCACCAAGCAUCAUCACUUUUUUGAUUAUUGUUGAUGGGAAUGAUGAUAACGGUUAUGUUUUUCAUUCCGACACAAAACCUGUGAGUUUUGGUGAUGCUCAGAUUCCCAAACCCGUCUUCAGAAUAGUGAAAAAGAAUAUUUUUGAAGACUACACAGAAGCUUUCUUCAGACACGAUGAAAUGUUCAAUAUCUUCAUUGCUAAAAAAUUCGAUUUGGAAAGCAAUUUUAUGAAAAAUAAUCCAUCGGAAGGAAAAACAGAUAAAAGGAAAAUAUUUAUUGUGGAAGGUCUGGAACAAGACGAAAAAUUACACAAACAUUUUGCAGAAAGAAAUCCAGACUGGCAUGUGUCUUUUAUUUUAGGCUCUCUAACCAAAUUAAAGGAGAAAAUUGCUUCCAUAGCUCUAAAUGAAUUCAGUUAUUUUGAUAUUAUUGUUUUAUGCGAUGAUGAGGGUAACCAUAUUACUAAUGAAAGUCUGAAAACAAUUUUGGCUCGUCUUGAAAAAGAACUCUUACCAAAGUUUCCACCAAGCAUCAUCACUUUUUUGAUUAUUGUUGAUGGGAAUGAUGAUAACGGUUAUGCUUUUCAUUCCGACACAAAACCUGUGAGUUUUGGUGAUGCUCAGAUUCCCAAACCCGUCUUCAGAAUAGUGAAAAAGAAUAUUUUUGAAGACUACAUAGAAGCUUUCUUCAGACACGAUGAAAUGUUCAAUAUCUUCAUUGCUAAAAAAUUCGAUUUGGAAAACAAUUUUCUGAAAAAUAAUCCAUCGGAAGGAAAAACAGAUAAAAGGAAAAUAUUUAUUGUGGAAGGUCUGGAACAAGACGAAAAAUUACACAAACAUUUUGCAGAAAGAAAUCCAGACUGGGAUGUGUCUUUUAUUUUAGGCUCUCUAACCAAAUUAAAGGAGAAAAUUGCUUCCAUAGCUCCAAAUGAAUUCAGUUAUUUUGAUAUUAUUGUUUUAUGCGAUGAAGAGGGUAACCAUAUUACUAAUGAAAGUCUGAAAACAAUUUUGGCUCGUAUUGAAAAAGAACUCUUACCAAAGUUUCCACCAAGCAUCAUCACUUUUUUGAUUAUUAUUGAUGGGAAUGAUGAUAACGGUUAUGUUUUUCAUUCUGACACAAAACCUGUGAGUUUUGGUGAUGCUCAGAUUCCCAAACCCGUCUUCAGAAUAGUGAAAAAGAAUAUUUUUGAAGACUACACAGAAACUUUCUUCAGACAUGAUGAAAUGUUCAAUAUCUUCAUUGCUAAAAAAUUCGAUUUGGAAAGUAAUUUUCUGAAAAAUAAUCCAUCGGAAGGAAAAACAGAUAAAAGGAAAAUAUUUAUUGUGGAAGGUCUGGAACAAAACGAAAUAUUGCACGAACAUUUUUCAAGAGAUAUUCCAGACUGGGAUGUAUCAUUUAUCUUAAACCAAAAGUCGUUAAUGGAACAAAUUGCUUCCAUACCUAUUAAUGAAUUUAGUUUUUUUGAUAUUAUUGUUGUAUGUGAUGAAGACUCUAAUGAGAUUACUAAUGAAAGUCUGAGAACAAUGCUAUCCAAUUAUCCAACAAGCAUCAUCACAUUUUUGAUAACUGUUAAUGAGAUGGAUGAUAACAAAACUGAAUCUCAGCCUGAGAUUAACAAUGAUACUGAGGCUGUGAUUGCAUUAUUGAAAAGGGAGUUUUUCCCUGAAUUCUGGGAUUCUUUCAUUAAAAGUCUGGAAAUGUUCAAUGUUUUCAUUCGAAAAGCUGAUACAAGAAAACACCUCAGAUUACAAGUUCAUGGAAGAGAAAAGCUUUCGUGAAUCUUGGAUUUUUAACUGAUAAAUUAACAUUUUAUUAUAUACUAAAAGCUAAUUAACACGGGCUAAAAUUAAAAAUUUUAAUAUUGCAGAAUCACAGACAAUAAUAAAUUGUUGUUUUAUGGCAUUUGGAAACUAAACAAAUAUAAGGUUUAUAUUAGAUUUAAUCCGACUAAAAUAUAUUUCAGUGGC